UUCAUUCAUUUGUUAGUAUUUUCUCUAAUAUCAUUUAUUAGAGAAGUACUAACAACACAAACACACCAAUAACACUAAUACAACAAUGGCCAGUAAGACAUUCGUUCUCGCACUCAUCUUUGUAGCCGUUGUUGGCGUGACUAUGGCCGCUGAAGCCCCGGCUUCAUCACCCAAGUCAUCACCAGCUCCAUCUUCAUCAAAAGAAUCUACACCCGUAGCACCUGUAGCAGCAACACCACAAGUGUCACCGGCUCCUCCCACCGUAUCUGAUUCUCCUGCUGCUUCCCCAGCUGAUGAUGAUCAACCCAUUGAUUUUGGUGCUCCUGCGCCCGGCCCUGCCAAUGAGUUUGCUGAAGAGGAGCCUGCAGCUGCCGAAGAAGAUGCUGAACCCGCAACCCCCGCCAAUGGAGCUUCUUCUCUUAAAGUAUCGGCUGCUGUUGCCGUUGUUGCAGCUGGCUUCUUUUUUUAAGAUUAUGUAACAAGAUUUUGAGGAAAUAAAUGUGUUAUUGUAAUAUUGUUGCACCUUGUGCUAUGUUGUGUUUGUGAAAUGUGACAUAAAGAAAUUUAUAAUAAAGAAUAUGACUUCGAUAGCUAAUAAGGUUAAGGCUGUAAGUAGAAUUUCAAAAAUAUUAGGACAAUCAUUGAAAUCUCCUUAUGCAUUCUACAAGUUUAUUGUGGAACUCUUCGUUUAUUUUGAGAUCUGUUUUCUUCAUUGAAA